UUGGAAUAUACGAAUACAAUACACAGUAACGCACUAAAAGAAAGAGAGAGAAAAUGACGAAAUCGGGUGCAGAGAAGAAGAGGGUGAGGCGAUCCGCAGGGGCAGCAACUCUUAGUGGCGGCAACAAGGAUUCCAAUAGCGAUGCGCCUCCUAGGAAAGGAGCAGUCAAGAAGGAUGUAUUUCAGCUGUUUGCCGAGAAGGUUAGGGAUAAUAAAGGCCUUGAAUCUAGGUGGGCAGUUUUACAGGAAACUCGUGUGGAAUAUUUCAGAGGAAAGGAUUUUGUUAGCUUCUUGAAGAAUCAACCUGAUGUCAAGGAAAUAUUAGAAUCAGAUAGAAACCUAGAUGUAGAAGACAUAGCCAAUAUCUUGCUUGAAAAAAGGCUGUUGGUUCGCUGUGAUCGUGUGGUGAAAACUGUUCGGCCUGGGAAGAAGAAGCUGUCCACAUGGCCUGCACACUUGGAGAUAUUUCCAGAUCAAAUAUUUUCUGAGCAAGAUGCCUUCUUUGCAUGGACAUUUGCAAAACGGCAUCCAUUGUGGCAAACUCUUCUAUCGUUCUUCUGGCCAGUGCUGACACUGGCGAUAUGCUUGUUUCCAGUAUAUCCCCAUCAGGUCAAGCUGCUCAUUCUCUAUUCAUGUGCCGGACUGUUGUUAAUGAUACUUAGCCUCCUCUUAUUUAGAGCUGCAAUCUUUGGUGCUCUAUAUAUAAUUGCGGGAAAGCGUGUGUGGUUUUUCCCGAAUAUCCUUGCAGAGGAAGCGACUCUUAGUGAACUAUUUAGAUUUUGGCCAAACAGAGAUGAAGAGGAGCGGCCAAAGUUUACAGCAAGGCUAUUCUACUCUGUUGCUGCUUUGUUGGUGAUCUUACUUCUAAGGCACCAUGCCCCUGAUGAAGCUGCCAGAGCCAGGUAUCAGAAACGGGUCUCAAAUAUCAUUGAUGAUGUUUUGGAGUGGUCUCCGAGUUUAGCUUUGUCUGGGAUGAUGGAUAAACAGCAAACCAUCGUCAACCAAACUGAGCCCGUGAACGGUAGUGACGAAGACGAGUCUAGUUCUGCACAUGACUUGACUGAAGAAACAACAGCUUAUGAUGAAAAUAUUGAAGAAGUGGUGAUUGAGGAAGAGGACAGAGAAUCAUAAGUUUUUGGGGAUUGUAAUUCCUAGACCAACAAAACAUUAGAGGUUUUUAUUUUUCAUUUUUUUGAAGGAUUUAUUGAAAAAAAGAUGUUUCACAUUUUGUUUUUUUUUUCUUCUUUAAUUGAGAGAGUGUAUAACAGUGUAAUCAAAUAUAUAGAAUCCUUUAUCUUCUGAAUAAUUUCUUUUCUUGGUUUGAUU